GAGAUGAGGAGAGAGGCGGGAGCGAGGGAGCGAGGGAGGGAGCGAAGGAGGUAAAGAAGAGCGGAGGAGAGGGGAGGGAGCGCAGCUUGGUUGCUCCGUAGUACGGCGGCUCGCGAGGGAGAAUCCCGAGCGGGCUCCGGGACGCACGGAGAGGCGGGCGGGCGGGCGGGGAUGGUGUGCAGGGCUGCGGCUCCUGCGUCCCUUCCCUCGUCGAUUGAGCUGCACUGAUUUGUGCCUGGGGCGGCAGCGCGGACCCGCCUGGAGAUGAGGCGUCGAUUAGCAAGGUGAAAGUAACAGAACCAUGGCUCAGUUUCCAACACCUUUUGGUGGCAGCCUGGAUAUUUGGGCCAUAACUGUAGAGGAAAGAGCGAAGCAUGACCAACAGUUCCAUAGUUUAAAGCCAAUAUCUGGAUUUAUUACUGGUGAUCAAGCUAGAAACUUUUUUUUUCAAUCUGGAUUACCUCAACCUGUUUUAGCACAGAUAUGGGCGCUAGCUGAUAUGAACAAUGAUGGGAGGAUGGAUCAAGUGGAGUUCUCCAUAGCUAUGAAACUCAUCAAACUGAAGCUGCAAGGCUAUCAGCUCCCCAGUACGCUUCCCCCUGUCAUGAAACAGCAACCAGUUGCUAUUUCUAGUGCACCAGCGUUUGGUAUGGGCGGUAUCCCCAGCAUGCCCCCGCUGACCGCUGUUGCUCCAGUGCCAAUGGGCUCCAUUCCAGUUGUCGGAAUGUCUCCACCCCUUGUAUCGUCUGUCCCUGCGGCAGCAGUGCCCCCCCUGGCUAAUGGGGCACCCCCGGUCAUACAGCCUCUGCCUGCGUUUGCUCAUCCUGCCGCCACAUUGCCAAAGAGUUCUUCCUUUAGUAGAUCUGGUCCAGGGUCACAGUUAAACACUAAGUUACAGAAGGCACAGUCAUUUGAUGUGGCUAGCAUCCCUCCAGCCGCAGAGUGGGCCGUUCCCCAGUCUUCCAGACUGAAAUACAGACAGUUAUUCAAUAGUCAUGACAAAUCCAUGAGUGGACACUUAACAGGUCCUCAAGCAAGAACUAUUCUUAUGCAGUCAAGUUUACCACAGGCUCAGCUGGCUUCAAUAUGGAAUCUUUCUGACAUUGAUCAAGAUGGAAAACUCACAGCAGAAGAGUUUAUCCUGGCUAUGCACCUAAUUGAUGUAGCCAUGUCUGGCCAACCACUGCCACCGGUCCUGCCUCCAGAAUACAUUCCACCCUCCUUUAGAAGAGUUCGAUCUGGCAGUGGGAUAUCUGUCAUAAGCUCAACAUCGGUAGAUCAGAGGUUACCGGAGGAACCAGUUUUAGAAGACGAACAGCAACAACUAGAAAAGAAACUACCUGUCACGUUUGAGGAUAAGAAGCGUGAGAACUUCGAGCGCGGCAAUCUGGAACUGGAGAAGCGGAGACAAGCGCUCUUGGAGCAGCAGCGCAAAGAGCAGGAGCGCCUGGCCCAGCUGGAGCGGGCGGAGCAGGAGCGGAAGGAGCGGGAGCGCCAGGAGCAAGAGCGCAAAAGACAACUGGAGCUGGAGAAGCAACUGGAAAAGCAGCGGGAACUAGAACGGCAGAGGGAGGAGGAGCGGAGGAAAGAAAUCGAGAGACGAGAGGCUGCAAAACGGGAGCUUGAAAGGCAACGACAACUUGAAUGGGAACGGAACCGGAGACAAGAACUAUUAAAUCAAAGAAACAAAGAACAAGAGGACAUAGUUGUGCUAAAAGCAAAGAAGAAGACUUUGGAAUUUGAAUUAGAAGCUCUAAAUGAUAAAAAGCAUCAACUAGAAGGAAAACUUCAGGAUAUCAGAUGUCGAUUGACGACCCAGAGGCAAGAGAUUGAGAGCACGAACAAAUCUAGAGAGUUGAGAAUUGCUGAAAUCACCCAUCUACAGCAACAAUUACAGGAGUCUCAACAAAUGCUUGGAAGACUUAUCCCAGAAAAACAGAUACUCAAUGACCAAUUAAAACAAGUUCAGCAGAACAGUUUGCACAGGGAUUCACUUCUCACACUGAAAAGAGCCUUAGAAGCAAAAGAACUAGCUCGGCAGCAGCUCCGAGACCAACUGGAUGAAGUGGAGAAAGAAACUAGGUCAAAACUACAGGAGAUUGAUAUUUUCAACAAUCAGCUGAAGGAAUUAAGGGAAAUCCAUAAUAAGCAGCAACUCCAGAAACAGAAGUCCAUAGAAGCUGAACGACUGAAACAGAAAGAACAAGAACGAAAGAUCCUAGAAUUAGAAAAACAAAAAGAAGAAGCCCAAAGACGAGCUCAGGAAAGGGACCAACAGUGGCUUGAGCACGUUCAACAAGAUGAUGAGCAUCCGCGGCCGAGAAAACCCCACGAGGAGGAAAAACUCAAAAGGGAAGAGAGUGUCAAAAAGAAGGACAGUGAGGAAAAGGGCAAACAGGAAAUGCAGGACAAGCUGAGUCGGCUCUUCCAUCCACAUCCAGAACCAGCUAAGCCCGCUGUCCAAGCACCCUGGUCCACCGCAGAAAAAGCCCCACUUACAAUUUCUGCACAGGAGAAUGUAAAAGUGGUGUAUUACCGAGCACUGUAUCCCUUCGAGUCCAGAAGUCAUGACGAAAUCACGAUCCAGCCAGGAGAUAUAGUCAUGGUGGAUGAGAGCCAAACUGGAGAACCGGGGUGGCUUGGAGGAGAAUUAAAGGGCAAGACAGGGUGGUUCCCUGCAAACUACGCAGAGAAGAUCCCAGAAAACGAGGUUCCUGCUCCAGUCAAAGCAGUGACUGAUGCCACCUCCACCCCUGCGCCCAAACUGGCUGUGCGUGAGGCCCCCGCCUCUUCGGCCGUGACGUCCGCGGAGCCCUCCACGACCCCCAACAACUGGGCCGACUUCAGCUCCACGUGGCCCACCAGCACGAGCGAGAAACCAGAGACUGAUCACUGGGAUGCGUGGGCAGCCCAGCCCUCCCUCACUGUUCCAAGUGCCGGGCAGUUAAGGCAGAGAUCGGCCUUUACUCCAGCCACGGCCACGGGCUCCUCUCCAUCUCCCAUCUUAGGCCAGGGUGAAAAGGUGGAGGGGCUACAGGCGCAAGCUUUGUAUCCUUGGAGAGCCAAAAAAGACAACCAUUUAAAUUUUAACAAAAAUGAUGUCAUCACCGUCCUGGAGCAGCAAGACAUGUGGUGGUUUGGAGAAGUUCAAGGCCAGAAGGGUUGGUUCCCCAAGUCCUAUGUGAAACUCAUUUCGGGGCCCAUAAGGAAAUCUACAAGCAUGGACUCUGGUUCCUCAGAAAGUCCUGCUAGUCUCAAGAGAGUGGCUUCCCCAGCAGCCAAGCCGGCCGUGUCGGGAGAAGAAUUUAUUGCCAUGUACACUUACGAGAGUUCUGAGCAAGGCGAUUUAACCUUUCAGCAAGGGGAUGUGAUUUUGGUUACCAAGAAAGAUGGUGACUGGUGGACAGGAACAGUGGGCGACAAGUCCGGAGUCUUCCCUUCUAACUAUGUGAGGCUUAAAGAUUCAGAGGGCUCUGGAACUGCUGGGAAAACAGGGAGUUUAGGAAAAAAACCUGAAAUCGCCCAGGUGAUUGCCUCCUACACCGCCACUGGUCCCGAGCAGCUCACCCUGGCCCCUGGCCAGCUGAUUUUGAUCCGAAAAAAGAACCCAGGUGGAUGGUGGGAAGGAGAGCUGCAAGCACGUGGGAAAAAGCGCCAGAUAGGCUGGUUCCCUGCUAAUUAUGUCAAACUUUUAAGCCCGGGGACAAGCAAAAUCACUCCAACAGAGCCAGCUAAGCCGACAGCAUUCCCGGCAGUGUGCCAGGUGAUCGGGAUGUACGACUACACCGCGCAGAACGACGACGAGCUGGCCUUCAACAAGGGCCAGAUCAUCAACGUCCUCAACAAGGAGGACCCCGACUGGUGGAAGGGAGAAGUCCACGGCCAGGUGGGGCUCUUCCCGUCCAACUACGUGAAGCUGACCACCGACACGGACCCCAGCCAGCAAUGGUGUUCAGACUUACAUCUCCUGGAUAUGUUGACCCCAACUGAGAGGAAGCGACAGGGAUACAUCCACGAGCUCAUUGUCACGGAGGAGAACUACGUGAAUGACCUGCAGCUGGUCACAGAGAUCUUUCAGAAACCCCUGAUGGAGUCUGAGCUGCUGACAGAAAAAGAGGGUGCUAUGAUUUUUGUUAACUGGAAGGAGCUGAUUAUGUGUAAUAUCAAACUACUGAAAGCGCUGAGAGUGCGCAAGAAGAUGUCCGGGGAGAGGAUGCCGGUGAAGAUGAUCGGGGACAUCCUGACAGCGCAGCUGCCGCACAUGCAGCCCUACAUCCGCUUCUGCAGCUGCCAGCUCAACGGGGCUGCCCUGAUCCAGCAGAAGACAGACGAGGCCCCGGACUUCAAGGAGUUUGUCAAAAGACUGGCCAUGGACCCUCGCUGUAAGGGGAUGCCACUCUCUAGUUUUAUACUGAAGCCUAUGCAACGGGUAACAAGAUACCCACUGAUCAUUAAAAAUAUCCUGGAAAACACUCCCGAAAACCACCCGGACCACAGCCACUUGAAGCACGCCCUGGAGAAGGCGGAGGAGCUGUGCUCCCAGGUGAACGAAGGGGUGCGGGAGAAGGAGAACUCGGACCGGCUGGAGUGGAUCCAGGCCCACGUGCAGUGUGAAGGCUUGUCUGAGCAACUUGUGUUCAAUUCAGUGACCAACUGCUUGGGGCCACGCAAGUUUCUGCACAGCGGGAAGCUCUAUAAGGCCAAGAGCAACAAGGAGCUGUACGGCUUCCUCUUCAACGACUUCCUCCUGCUGACCCAAAUCAUAAAGCCCCUGGGCUCUUCCGGCACCGACAAAGUCUUCAGCCCCAAAUCAAACCUGCAGUAUAAAAUGUACAAAACACCUAUUUUCCUGAAUGAAGUUCUAGUAAAGUUACCUACUGACCCUUCAGGGGACGAACCCAUCUUCCACAUUUCCCACAUCGACCGAGUCUACACCCUCCGAGCAGAAAGCAUAAACGAAAGGACUGCCUGGGUGCAGAAAAUCAAAGCGGCUUCUGAGCUCUACAUAGAGACGGAGAAGAAGAAGCGGGAGAAGGCGUAUCUGGUCCGUUCCCAGAGGGCCACAGGCAUUGGAAGGUUGAUGGUGAACGUAGUGGAAGGCAUUGAGCUGAAACCCUGUCGGUCACAUGGAAAGAGUAACCCGUACUGCGAGGUGACAAUGGGCUCCCAGUGUCACAUCACCAAGACGAUCCAGGACACUCUGAAUCCCAAAUGGAAUUCCAACUGCCAGUUCUUCAUCAAAGACCUGGAACAGGAGGUGCUCUGCAUCACUGUGUUUGAGAGGGACCAGUUCUCGCCAGAUGAUUUUUUGGGUCGGACGGAGAUCCGUGUGGCUGACAUCAAGAAGGACCAGGGUUCCAAGGGUCCAGUCACAAAGUGUCUCCUGCUGCACGAAGUUCCCACAGGAGAGAUUGUGGUCCGCCUGGACCUGCAGUUGUUUGAUGAGCCGUAGGGAGCCGGCCAGGGCCUGCUAGCAGAGCUCCAGCCCGAGGCAACGGAUGCUGUCCAGAAAUGAGGACCACCGUUUGGUGUUCGGCCACAGGGCAGCAGGAAAGCAAAGAGAGGCCUCUCAAAGCUUCCGGGAAUCCUUCUUGACAAUCCUUCCCCCAAACAAUUUCCCAUUUUAUGAAACAAAACUGUGUUUCCCUUUGUCCUCACUGCAGGUCUCAUCGUGGCUUCUAGGGUCUUUGAAACCCCAUAGCCCCUGGCUCUGUUUGGUUGGGAGUCUGGUCCGUCCCUGGGCCUGAGGCUUGGGUCUGGUUAAUGUAAAACAGAUUUAUAAAUGCAAUGUCUGUAUUUUUGGAGAACUCAUGUAACCCUCCUAUUUCUUACCUCCACCAGCCCCCAAGGAGGCCCCCUGACCUAUGACGCCCAGUCCCUGGUGUGUUUAGAAAUAACAUGAUGGUCUUGUCAUUGUUUCAGGAUCUUGUUCCCCACGCUGGGACCUUAUUUGAAAUGCUGCCCUGGGUCUGAUCACUCGGGCAAGUGGUCUCCUGAUCUCUGAUCUAGGUCUAGCUCUUGGAAGAGCUGGUCCGUGGAAGAUUCUAGCAGGUGUGUUGGUAGAGCUUUUCCAGUCUCCUCCAGGUCUUUUAUUGAUAGAUGCUGAUGAAAACUGUCAGUAUCAGGUGAUCUGAUCGUGAGCGCCAGCGUGCUUGGAAGAGGGCUGAGGAAGGCUGUUACCUACAGAGUUCCACUCUGCUGGAUUAGAUCACUGCAGGUCACCUGAAAGGCUACUUUACGACGUUGUUGGGUCCUGGUUGCCAGCCCAGUUGGAAAGCUCUCUUUUGGCUUGGAGGUCCUGUGAUGUUUUAUGACAAGAGUAGUUGCCGGUGGCCAGCUCUGAGCCUGUUCUUGCUUGAAUGAGCUGGAUCCUGAUUGCCGUGGGAAAUCUCAGCAGAUAUCCUUGGUAUGUUCCCCCUGAAAGCAUCCCCAAGGUGUGAGAAGGAAAAGUGACAAUCUGUGGAGGAAAUCUAUUAGAUGGUGGGGGACAGACCCUAGGAGCACGCACGCCCCUCAACUCCAGGGAAGAAGACCCGAGACUUUCCCAGACUCCACCAUACACAACCAGCCUCUCAGAAAUGGAAAAAUCUGCGUGCUUGUUGCCAUAGUCAGGAGUGUAUGACCGCGUGCUAAGCUGUUUGGUUUGAGUUCUUUGAGUUUUUCUCCUUCAAUGCCAGGAGAUAGGCUGGCUAAGUAGAUAAGAACUUGACUUAGGGUCAUGAAAAGUGUGGGUGGUAUUUUGUUCGCAUGUUAAUGUUCUCACAAUCCCUGUUUGUCUUUUUCAUGAAAUGUUCUUUGCAUGUUCUCUUGGUACUGGAAUCUAGCUUUCCUGUGUUAGACAGUGUUCUCUCUGAUUGUAGGUCCUUAGAAUUUAGUUAGGGUUGUAGAGACACUUUCUAAAGACAGCAUCAACAUAGGGGCAGGGUGAACUACCCACCGUGCUGGGAACUGAAUGUGUGGCAUCAUACUUUCCCAUGAGACCCUGUCAUUGUUCAAGUGAUUUUUUUAAAUGUGUGUGUCGGAAAGGGCCACAAAGUUUACAUUUCAUACUUUUAAGAAACACUUUAUUAUUUAUUUAUUAAAGAUAGUGUAGAAUUUUAUAUCAAGAACAACAGACAUAGGUAUUUUUUGAAACAAGCAGAUAUACCCUUUAGUUAGAAACUCUCAACUGAAGACACUGGAGACCAAGUUCAACUCCAAGCAUGCAUUUGUUCCCCACCUCCCAGCAGAAAACAUGGUUAAAAUACUUUAAGUUUAUAUUUUUUUGGAUGUUGUUAAGAAACUGUUUAAAAUUAAAUCUACAAAUAGACCCACAAAUCAUGCUUUCCUAUUUCUAUACCCAGUGCAGUUUGAUCAGUGUAUUUAUGAAGGACAUGUUACUAUGGUAGAUAAAGAAGGAUUACCUGUGUAAAUUGGGUCGUAUUGGGUCACCAUCCCAGUCCCUGUCUUUCGGUCCUCUCUUUUUUUCAUCGACUUUGUUUGCAUGUGAAUAUUGGGCAUCACCGUUCAUUUGGUUGGAUGUCAUGUGCUCAAUGACAUCCAAGUAUCUGUAGCCUUUCUAGGUCCACCAAGUCACCUACUCGCAGAGUCCCGUUAUUGGAAGUAAUGUAGCAUGAAAAAGCAAUAUGUGCGUCUUUUUCACCAAGUGACUAUACUGAGCAUCUCUUAGAUGCUCCUCCAGGGUGGCGAUUCUGGAUUACUGUCCUUGUCCUCACUGGGGUCAUUUGUUACAUGCCCAAUUGAACUUACGGAUGAGUUAGGCUGGCCCUGGGGUCCAGCUGUGACUCCUGAGUCUUGUGUGAGAUACAGGAAUGUGGGUGAUGCCUGGAGUCUAAAAUUUUUUGACCUCUAGUCCUUCACUUCUACCUUUUUGGCUGCCUGGGGAGUAUUUCAUAGAGAUGAAAUGUCCCUUGCCAAUAAGCAAUCUGUGUCCUAGUUCUUUGCUUUCAAAACCAGGGUUUCUCCAGGCUGCUGCAUCCUGGUGUUCUGAGUCCAGCCCUCCAGACAUCCCUGUGAGCUUCCUUCUUCUCUGAGCCACACUGACCUCCUCUAAGCCCAACAAGGGGGCCUUUCUGCUCACAAGACUGUGCCCUGAGGACAGAAGCCCUUGAGCUGGGGCUCCUUUGUAGACCAGCUCUUCUGAAGGAACAAUCUGUACCCCCAGCCCCCUGGGGCAGGGUCUUUCUGGCAGGCAGCAUCCUCUCCUGGAACCAGGUCUGUUGUGACCAUGAGAGCCUGAAGAUGUGGCUUAUUCAGAUCCAGGGCUGGCCUGACACAGGGAGACAGACCCUUCUAGGCUGGGGUCUCCAAGGAUGCUCAAGAAACUGGGGCCAGGCUUCGUGGGUUGACUGUUUGGAUUACACGCCCUGACCUCUGAAGGCAGAGGAGAGAGCUAUGUUCCCAAAGAACAUUCAUAUUAAAGGGGGCCUUUUUUUUCUUCUUUGCUUUUUGAACAAUCUAAGCAUGACCUAAGUCAAUGAAAGUGACGGAUUUCAUCUAGUUGAGUAGCACUGAAUUAAACUGGAAAAAAAAAUCCCAUCAGAAAAUGGGAAGUUGACUGCUUGCAUUGUCUUGGUGACCUGGUACCCCAAAGUCCUGUCUGUUCAGGAGUUGCCUGGUGCAAACAUACAGCCACUGACCAUACAGAGCGGGGGUGUUCGAGAAUCUUGUGGGGCUGGAUAACAAAGCGGAAGUGGAGGAAGGGCUUCUGAUUUUACUUGAAAGGAGAUCUUGGGGUCUAUUUGAGAGUUUGCCAGUACUUGGUAUGAGCAGACAAAAAGCCUUCUCUAUCUCUACUCCACAUCGUUCUUUUCCUAGUUGGUUGGGUCUUUUUGAUUCUCAAGAAGAAUUUUCGUUUUGUGUAUGUAACGAUUUUAAGAAUUUCCACUGGGAACAGCAAGAAGGUUUUCAUUUUAUUUCAAUUCCUUUUCUUCUCCAUUUAUUUUUUGGGGCUGGAGGUGAGCGUCACAGUGGACACUAGCACUUUGAAAUGGACACCUGCAGACUUACGGGCAGCAGGGUCAUUUCAGACUUAGAGUCAUUUCAGUGUGAGGUUAGUGGAGGCUCUGCUUUCUCCAGAUACACUCGCUUUACAAGUUUAGAGCCUCCUCAAUGCCCUAAAGUGAGGCGAUGACAACAGACGAGGCUGGAGAUUCUUCUUUGGCUUUGAAGGUUAAGACUUUAGUUCCUACCAGGCGGAAGCAUAAUCAGUAGCACCAGAAACUGGUGACUGACACGAUGAGGCCCUCAGACGCUGUGGUCUGAGCCACCCUAAGAGGUAUUUGGUAAACUGAUACCUCCUUCACUUUGCACCCAGGGGUGCUGAGUGCUGAAAUGCCUGUGGGGACUUCUCCCAAUUGCAGGGAACAGCUCAGAUCAGCUGCCAAGACUCCCCUGGGGGCCCUGAGCUGUGUUUUAUAGGGGCUGCUUAGUAUUGUGUCAAUAUACUUGGGAUGUUUACUGUACUGCGAAUGCAGCCGUUCAUUUGAGUUAGAGGAAAGGAAUGUUCUAGAAUGUUCUAGAACUCCCGUUUCCUCACCCUGCAUUGUGUCAGAUCCAGGAUAUGUUUGGAGGUCAUUGGGCUCACCUAAGGUACAUAACCUGCUUACCUUCAGGAGCCAAGAAUCUGCUCCUGACAAGCAUGGAAAACAUUUCACAGGAAAAGACAGAAAACGCUAUCUUGGGAGCAUUAAAACCCAGAUGCCAACCUGCUGGAAAGUCUUAUCCCUGGGUUGUGAUCUCUCAGUAACAUAGUAAUGUUGACUGUGCAUCGUUCAUUCAGGGAGUCCCUAUCCUGGGCCAGACCACUAUCCCAGGGGCUGGGAGGUGGUGAGGAGGGACCUGCUUUUGUGGCUUUCACAGCCUAAUUGUAGAUCUAAUUUUGAGUCAUUUGAGUAACACCCAGUGCUUGUAAAAAUUCAUCUCCACCGCUGCAUAAUUAUUUCAGUGACACGCGGAUCCAAUCAGUUCCUCCGCUGAAAGGAACUCUCUUUAAUCUGACCUCGGGGAACCAGACAACACCCACAUAAUCAUUUUUUCAGCUAUGUGUGGUUGCCCUAUUUAAGGGGUAGGUUCGCCCUUACUGUAAGUCAAGGUGUUUUGUGAGUUGUUUUUAAUAGGCUUUUGCUCUACUUUCUAUACCAGCCUAUAUUGUUAAAAUCUGAAUAGUGUGAAUAUUUUAGGAUUCAAAGCGCACCAAGUAAACCUGUUCAGAAGUGGGCUUACAUGGUCAGCCUUGAAAAAAAUUGAGCGUUUCUCUGAUAUUUACUGAGAAUUAUCAGUAACCAGGGUUACUUUUAAUGCAGUGGAAAGAAUGCAUAUUUUUCUUCUUCUAGGAACUCUGGUUUUGUACUUUUUCAUUUAGAAGAAUAACAUUUCUGUGCGUCUGUGUUUCUAAAACUAUGUUCCUUUGCAUUUUUCCUAUUAUACUCAAACCCCUUAUUUCCUCCUGGUUUCUCUGUCUAAACAGAAUGAGGGCCUGGGGCAAAGAGGGCGUUGCAGGAAGCAGAGAAAGCGGGGUGGCGGCUUUGCAGCUGCCGUUCUACCCACUGUGGCCGCUAGGGGGCGAUCUCCCCCUGGAAACUGGCCUGUCCCUCCGGCGGAUCCCAGGGAGCUGGCUCCACCUACUGCAGCUCCAGGAUAUCGCUCUUGUUUAAAUCACAGGACGAGCUUGCUGAGUCUGAGACUGAAGGCAGGAGAGGGAAGGAGGUUAGUGGCGAGAUUGGGGCUCGAAGCCAGCACUCCUGGGGUACCUGGUGACACUUUGCUUUUCUCUGCUGCUGGGGUUGGGGCUAUAAAAGGGGUCUUUAGCCUUCCUGCCUUUUCUGCAUCUGCUUUGGUGAAGGCCCCUGAGAUUCAGCCGUUUGGGGGCCUCAGAUGUAAGUUGGAGGUGUCCCCUCACUGCUGGGCCGUCCCUAGAAGUCAGGUCCCCUCUGCUUGGAUUUGAUAACAGAGUCUCUACUUGGAGACUAGGACUUCUGGAAUUUCAGAUGUAGAGGAACUGUUGGGAUGCAGCUCAUUGCAUGGUGUGUGUGUGUGUGUGCGUGCCUGCUUGUGCACCGGGGACAAUGAGUGGAUAUGUGGACUGAACAGGGGAACACGUUGGUCUGACCCUCUCAUAGUCACACUUGGGACCCACUACAUAAUUGGUGGGCUCAGUGCAAAAUUAAAAGGUGAGGCCCCUUGUUCAAAAUUAUUAAGAAUUUUGAGGUGAUGACAGCAGAGAAUUCAACCAAGAGCAGAUCCUUCUAAGCACAGGGUCCUGUGUGACUGCAAAGGUCACACGCCCGUGAAGCCGGCCCUGGUCACGUAUUUUCAGUUGGUUUUUGAAGCAGGUGGGGCUUCAUCUUUCGCUUCUUUGUGGAGUUUCCCUGGCAGAUUACGGAGAGGGGGGCUGAUACACUUUUCAAAAUGUCUGCUUUUAUUUCAUAAAAGCACAGGUGGUCUGGACCAAUCAGAGGGUAGGGGACCCAAGCCACUAGCUGGCAGAUAUGCCUGCUAUCCCGGCUCCCAGUCCAGGGCAUGCUAUAGAUGCCAAGAGGCUUUACCAUUUAACCCACUGAUUUGACAUAAAACCCUUCCUUUUGGUCAUUAGUCAUUCCCUAGGGACUUUUCUCCUCUGCUGAUAGGACAGAGAGGCUUUUCCAGCCUCUGCCUUCCAAGUGAGCAUCCGGUAAUAAUUAUAAGAAGCAGGGAGCUGGGGGUGGGGUGUGUGCUCAGUGCAUGUUCCCCUGGGGCUGGGUGCUGUUCCUCAGAGGGAGGGCGUCCGGCCCGCUGCCUCCCUGCCGGGCCUGGGCCCUUGGUCUACAGGUGUCUGGAGGGUGCUUGCUUCUGAGAGGCAGUGGCUUCCCAGCUGGGCUCUCCCCAUAGGAUGGCCUGUGAGUAGGGUGAUGUGAGGAGAGAGGAGGGGACCCCCUGUGUGAGUAGCCUCCAGCUCUAGACACCACGGGCCCGGGAGGCUGAUGACCACGGAGCUGCUCCUGCCGUGUGCUUGUUACUUCCUUUCACUAGUGUUUUCUAGCGCUCGACCCGACGCACCAAAACCUUUGUGGUUCUGCUUGGUCUUUGCAAGCCAAUUUCACUUCCGUACCCACAGAGCAAUAAUCCCAUCUACGUUUCUCGGUUCUGUCUGGGAUUCUAAAGUUUGCUAAGUAAAAAUACUGACAGAAAGUUGAACAGAAAUUGUAAAUUCAUCUUGCAUGGGUUUGACUGUGUCACUUUGAAAGAAAUAGCAAAUUAUAGCUUCGUCUCUACGUGUAAUGCAAUUGUCCAAACUACUGGAAGUCCAGAAAGGGUUUGCUAGAGGCAUUUAAUUAAUAUUGUGUCAGCAUUAGUUGUCAUGAAUGAACAUUUUGUUGUACAUUUUACAGAUUAACAUCCUUCAAAUGUCACCUGCUAAAUAUUCACUGUCAGAAAGUAGAUAUUCUAGCAAGAUCUUUGGUAAUGAUAUUUAUUUCAACACAUGCAUUUAAAACAUACAUUGCCAAUAGCCCAAGUGUCUUUGAACUAUAAAACCAACUUCAGAUCUUGUCUGCUGAAGCCCAGCUAGCUGAGGUCUGUACCCCCACGGACCCCUUCUUUCCACCCCUUCAUAGCCCUUCCUGGACAGAGAAGUUGGCAGUCAUACAAUUCAUGUCGCAUUGCCUUAGCUACGUCACGUCACCUUGUAUCCUCACAUCUGUAAGUGGUCAACAUGUGUGUAAAUACGUGUAUACAGUGGAGAAUCUGCAACAAAAAUGUCCUGUGUAUGAUAAUCAGUUCUCAGCUACCGGUUUUCUGCAUUUUAUACAGUUUCCAGCUAAGAAAAAGGCAGAAUUCCACUGCCUAAAGUGAAAAAGUUAUGCUCUUUAAAUGGCUUGUCCAGAAAUCCCUGCUGUAUGUUUAUGGGGCUGUCCCUGACUAGAUGUACACAUGGUAUGGCAGAGGCCAUGCUGGUGAAUGUUACAUAAACUAACAGAGAUUCUGUAGUCAUAAAUAUUUAACUUGUUAUUGUAAAAUGUGAUUUGUCAUCGAGAGAUUAUUUUUUCUGUAUGUAUAUGAGAGUAUUUUAGGAAUCUAAGUGCAUAAAACUAUAGAAAAAAAAAAUUAAAAACCUGUUCCAGGAGUAGAAAACUUAAUCAGAUUACUUGGGUUCAACCCAACUAAAUUUCUUUUAUUAAAAAGAAAAUCCGAGUUGCAUAUGUUAGAAAUUCAAAGAAAUCAUUUUGGGGCGGGGGCAGGGAGCGUGAUGGAUUUGAAUGGAAUGGGUGGCGGUGAGAUAAAGUGAUGUAUCCUUCCGCCGAGACCUCAGAUGAGGCCUUGGUGUUUCAUUAAACAGGUAACAUAUUCUGGAGGGUGUUGUGUCAGGAAGGAUGAGAGGAUUGACAGCCUGCUUCCGUCAGGUCCGUGUGAUGUGUCCCAGAAGUUUCCAUGAGUUUUGGCAAAUUGGUCAGGAAUCUGGGGCGGACCCAACCGUCCUUCUAGAGAGGUCCGAAUGUGGGCAGGUGGCCACCUCUGACUUCCUGGUCACCCUCUGCAGUUCUCUUUCAGGAUGGAUUCAGCAUAUCCCAUUGGCGUUUGCAUUUUCCAUGCAAUUUCCUGGGGCAUUUCACCGUCUUUGUCUGUUUCACAGCUGGGCGGCUUGAAGGGUGAUGUUUGGGGUUUCUGGGUUAAGCUGUUUCUGGCUCACAAAACAGGCAGCACAGAGCAGCCUCCUAGGUGCCUGUGUCCCCGGCGGAGAUGCCAGAGGCAAGAGACACCUUUUCCCUUCCCCAGGGAAGGUUCAGAGGUCCAGGCUGCUUCUGGGGCAAGACUUUCUAUACUUGCCACCAGAAAUGUCCCCGCAGGCCACCUAGGGAGGGAUGGAAUGCAAAAUCCCAUGAAAGUCAAGGUCUAAACCUCUGAGAGAUGCAUUCAGAAGUCAUUUCAGGAGGUGGCAGCCCCGCGAGGCCAGCCUCCUCUAACAGGCUGGGAACGAGGCGUCACUGAAAAUAGCCACUUCCCGGGGAGCCAGGGCAUUGCGCAGAGGUCACUGUUUGUGAAAAGUUGAAGGUCGUGGCUUGAAAGGACAUAUGGGGAAUGUGUGCGUUAGGUUUUCAACAUUUCUUUCAACAAGCAGUAUGCUUCCUAAUGCUGGCGACCAACAGUCAAAGUCCCUUUUCACUAGGCCUGAAACUGGCAGAUGCUGGGGUCCAAGUGACUUUCUGGACUUCAGGGGUGUGGGGAGCUGUGAUUUCUGGAAGCUUCCUGGAAUCUACUGUCAGACAAGCAAUCUGCAAAUUACCUUGAGGAACUGUCUGUGUGGGUGUCACUGACUUUAUUCCCAAAUAUGGAGCUGUUCAGAGAUCUCCUUGUUUGAGGUGGCCUGGGAAGGCUGUCUCAGGCCCCCAGCAGCCCACGCGGUCUGGGCCACCCGCUCAGGAUGGGUCCUGACCCUUCUUCCUCAGCACCAUGCCCUUGUGGCUGCGGUGGCAGUGGGGCUGUGAGUGGGAAUGAGCCAGCCAGUCAGCUGUCCCCUGGGCCUAGUUGUCUGGGGACAAGAAAAGCCAGAGACCACGGGGUCCUGCCCAGCAGAGCUCACAGCCACUCCAGUUAGCCUUCGCCUGUUUGGAAAAGAAUGUAUCAAUCCUAAUGAGGCCCUUGUGUUUCCUGUGACAAAUGAGUCGCAGUGCUGGUGGCAUGUUGCUCCUCUCACAGCCCCGCCCAGGGGUAGGACUAAGCCACACUCGUUGGGUGUCCUGCUGACUGUAAUAUACUUCUGUUGCCAAAUACUGGUACUGUUUAAUUUCCCAUCAAAGGGAGACUAUAUUGUCUGAUAUGUAAAGUCCAUGGAGUUCUAAAAAUUACUAGACACUAUUAUAAAUUGUAGAAUUAUGUAUUUGUCUAAGGUUUGAUGAAGCAGGGCCAAAACAUUAGGUUUCAGUUAUUGUUUAAAAGAAGCUGAGGCUAGUUUUGCUGUUGGAGAGUUCCUUUGGCACCUUAUUAUGUAUGAAAUGUUAAAUUUUACAGAUUAAGAUUAUGAUAACUGAGGGUUUUUUUUCUUUUUCUUUAAACCAGUAGCAACAUCAGUUUCAGACUGCUAUUCCUAUGUAUCUUGAAUCUAAAAAGAACAAUCUCUUCCAAACAACUCAUCGGUCACUUUGACCUGUACGGUUUCAAUUCACAUAGUUCGUCAAUAAAAGGAGAAAAACCCAACCCUGUUACAGUGGAUUAUUUUGGCUUUUUUCUGCCCCACCUCCUUUCUGAGCAGACAGGAGACUGGUAACGGUGCAAAUGGCAUCUCUUGCUGUGUUUUCUUCUCCACAGACAGGGCUGUAGCAGUGAAAAGAAAUUUGUGCAAAAGUAAAUGUAAAAAAACCAAGCCAACAACCCUUUCAACUCCCCCACGCCUUCUUCAGACACGAACAUUAGCACCAAGUAGAAAUGGAUUUCCUGUACCGCGUACUUGUGAGAACUGGAGAAGCUGUGUAGCACGGGGAAUGUCAGGGGUGGUGAGCGAGACGCAAAUGCAACACUGUCUUACAGUGACAUUCAGAAGGAUUCCCCAGGCUCUCUGCAAAGAAGUUUCCAACACAAAUAACUCCGUGUUCAGAACCUUGACGUAACUCUGGGCACCAUUAGCAAAGCAACAUGGAAUUUUACUGUUACCUGAAUCUCCAUGGAUAACCUUUAGCAUUUUCUUCUGUUCUGGUUUUAAGGUGAUUCCUCCUUAUUUCAUCACUGAUUUGUCUGCAUAUGAUCAAACCCCUUAAAUUCGAUGAUUGACUGGGACACUGGUGGAAUUGUCUUAGCACCUUAAAAAUACUGACCCUAAAGUGGCCUAUCUUUGCCUUUUUUAAAUCAGUAGGCCCCAUUUUUGAUAAACAUAAAAAAUCUUAUGCCCUUUUCUUGGUUGUUAUUUGAACUUUUAAAAAUAAAGUAAAUGUCAUUAA